AUGAAGGCGAUAAAGCAAAAGUUGCGCAAUCUGCCAGUGUUCUCCACCGCACCAACAAUUAGCCCUUCGACGGUGCGUUCGCGGUGGAAGGAUGAGCAUGAAGCUUUCAUGAGCUUCGUGCCCUUCCUCGACGAAGAAGAUGACUGGGAUGACCAGCCGAUGCUUUCCCGACAAAGAUGCAGUCAAUCCCAAGCCCAUAUCAGCACUCUGCCGACAGAACUUCUCGGCCACAUCUUCAUAGAGGUCUGCCGCGCCAUGGUCCCGAAUGUCCUCGCCUUCGACCCGUCGCAUGGGUAUUUCGGCCCGCAGUUCUGGCACUUUCAAUGCAGCUACGUGUGCGUUUACUGGCGUCAAGUGGCACUCAGUACCCCACAGUUAUGGGCCUUCAUUGACUUUUCAACCCCUCGACGGACCAAGCUUUGCUUUCGCCGUGCGAAGACAGCUCCGCUGGUCAUAGCCUGCCGCCUUCGACGGUCUCGGCGGGACCAUGCCAGUGACCACGCGAAGGCGGCGCUUGAGGGCCGUCUCUUGGUGGUGCUUGAGCGGGGGAGGAGGCAGGUGGCGGAAAUUCGUCUCCACGCUGACGACCAGAUCCACACAAACAUUUCGCAUACGCUGCGGCAUCGCGCGGGCUUCCCGCUCCUCACCGAGAUGGUUCUCAAUCUCGAAAUGGGGAAUCCCGAGACACCAUGCCCGCCGCAAUCGCCUCCAGCAAACCCGCUCUUACACACACUUGAUGCCGGGCCGAAUGUCCGCGACAUCGCUCACUUUGGACAGACUCUGUGCGCGCUUCACAUUGUGUGGCGCCCAGAUCCCGAACACUCUCUGCUGCACGCCAUUUCCGCCUGCAGCCGUCUCCAAACGCUGACCGUCUACACAUACCACCAAACGCUGCCGCCCCGCAUCCCCGCGACACUGCCCCGGACACUGGCACUCCUCCCCUGUCUUCGGUUAAUUGACAUCACAGAUGACUUCGAGGGCGGGAUCACGGGGUCUGGCGCCAUGCUGCUGCUCAACAACCUCUCCCUCCCACGGCUGGCCUCCUGUCGCGUCAAAUUUCGGGACAGUCUGCCACACGCCGAACACAUCAACAGCGUGCUCGCCGCCCACUUUGCUACUGCGGCGCCCGCAGCCCAUACCACGAUGCGGCUGGAGCGCCAUUGUGACAUGCAUAGUGUGGAUCCCGACGCGUACCAGACACUCCGGUUCUCCAUCGCGUUCCGCUUCCAUGCGAGUCUGGAUCCGGCUCUCGCCGAGCCACGCGAACUAGCGCUCUCGUGGGUCCGCUCGUCCCGUCUUGACCCCGCCGCGCAGAUCGCAUUCGCCGCCUUCCUUCCAAGCGCCGCGAAUGCACCGUCCCUCGCCGCUGCGUGGAGCGCCGUCGACACGCUCUCCCUUUCAUGGGCGCCAAGGAACGGGGAUGAGAUGGCGAUAUGGCGGGAAGUCUUCGAUCCUGAGUCUAUGCCGAGUUUGCGGCAGGUGAACAUCGUGUUGCGCACAGACGGAUUGGCUAUGGGAACAGAGGACUGGGCGCGAUUGCUUCUCGCGGAUGGAAGGUGCAAUGUCGCGGUGUCACUGAUAGACUCCGACAUCAACUGGGAGGGUCUUGGCUGA